AAUUUAUAUUCGAAAACAUUUUAAAAAAUGGAAAAAAGAUUUGAAAAGGAAUAAGCGUAGAAGAGGAGAGAGGAAAAAGAUGUGGUGUUGCGAAGUUGCAAUCCCAAAGCACGCGGCUCUUGUUCCCUCCGUCUCAGCCACCUCAUGGCGGCGGGGCCACGGCGUCUCCGCCAACGCGAGCCAACAAGGUGGGAAAUUGGGUCAGACCCUUCUUGCGACUCUCCAAUCGGAAUCAAGUCGGAUUCCGAAAGCACAGCAUGAAGGCGAGAUUAGUGGGUCAGAUGUGCUUUGGGCGCUGCAGAGAGCAAGUGCUCGGAAGAAGAAGAAGAAGAAGAAAGAGCAUGGAAGGGGGUCAUCCUCUGUGCCCACACCCACAGAAGAAACCACUCCGGACUACACCAAUGUUCGCCCACUCCGCAUAAACGCAAAUUGGUCCGCCAAAUUGGAUCAAUUCGACAAACGUCUUCGUCAGCUUUCAGAUACUAUUUGAUUUCACCCUUCCUAUUUUAUACAUCAACCUUUUUUUUUUUUUUUUUAACCUUUCACAAUUAUUUAAUAUAGAUUUUUUUUUAUAAAUAUAGUAAUUGCUUGAUUUUGUGUCACUUGAUUGUUAGAGCUUUUCUCAUGUUUUGAAAUAUAUAUUUGUCAUUCAGUUAUAUCAGUAACAUCAUUUUUUGUUGAUACAACUGAACUUCUGUAGUUCUAUGCAUGCAUGUGUUCGGAACUGGAGUUUGUGUGUCAAAAAUUGUAAUUUCCAAAGGUUAUCCAUAUUCCCUAUCUGCUUUGUUGAUGCCUUCCUUUGAGAUCGAUUUUCUAGUUAUAUUCAACGAAAAUGCAUGUAGAUUGAGAA